UUAGACAGGUACAUCACUGUAUAGUUCGUUCAUCUGGAAGGUUGUUAGGAUUUCGGAAUACUACUGGUCGUAUAUACGACAAGAUGAAUGUUCAAGUCUGUUUGGUGCCGUUGUUAAUCUGUGUUACCAUGGUAACUGCAAGAUCUUUAAAUACAGAUGACAUCAAGCGUAUUCUAUCUAAACAACUUUAUUUACUACGACAAAAUGGAGGCGAUGGUAAUAGUGCUAGUGGUGGACAUGGAGGAAGUGGUGGUGCCGGGGGCGGAAGUGGGGGCGGUGCCGGGAAAGGAAAUGGAGGUGGCGCCGGGGGCGGAAGUGAGGGCGGUGUCGGGGAAGGAAAUGGAGGCGGUGCAGGAGACGGAAAUGGAGGCGGUGCCGGGGAAGGAAAUGGAGGCGGUGCCGGAGAUGGAAACAAAAACGGCGAUGAAGAUUUAAUUUUAAAGCGACUUGAGAGUUUGCUAGAUGAUAUUAAAUGGUUAGAAGAUACGUACGGUGAUAUAAUGUACGAUGCAGAGAUCGCUGCCGCCCUUCAGCUGAAAGAGUUGGUUGAAUAUUUAAUAAAUGAACAGUCGUCAUCAGAACAGUCGACAACAGAACAGUCGGCAUCAGAACAGUCGACAACAGAACAGUCGACAACAGAACCACCAUCAACAGAACAACCGCCGACAACAGAAGAUUUUGAAGAACGUCUCUUGCUAAACUUAUUGAAGAAAAUAGCGCAGUGAGACUUACCCUGAAAGUCGAACAAUGAAAACUUUUAAUUUUGGAGAGCAUUUGUAACAAUGAUGGCAGAAGAAAAGCAGUGUCCGAGUUUCAUCUAAUUUCUACAAGACUUCAAUUUUAUAUACUUUGUCAUUUUGUCAUUUUAACAUUUUCAUUUACGUAUGCAUUUGAUUAUUAUCUUAUUAUUGCCUCGUAUUUUAACGCAUCUGAAUCAUAUUGGCUCACCCACCCACCAAUUUUGAGGAUUAAGCUGUCCUAACACUGUUCUGGCGUGUUGUA